AUUCAGAGCAGUUUUGUAGACCCGUUCAAAAAAAAAUCCGACUCACAAGAACGAUUCAUUCACGAAUCAUCAUUAAUGUGAAACAGAAACAGAAAGAGUAACACGUUUGCCUAACGUGUUAUAUAUGAUAUGUGGAUAAUUAUAAUUAAUUUAUAAAGCGACUUAAUUGAAUGAUAUACUUUCGUACAAUCCGUUCUGAUUACUGAGCUCGGAUUUGUUAGCCGCACGCCGUCCAGGACCUUUACAAUAGUCACAUAGCUUAGAUUUUGAUCCAUUUGGCCGCAACUGCAAUAACACCGGGAGAUGUGUCAGCCGAACGCGUUUCGCGGGACAGCGGUGGGGUUCUGACCCGCUGUGCGAUCCGGCUGUGCGGUUGUAAUAACGGUUGCUUUCAGCGGAGGAGUUUGACAUGUCUGGCGCAGGGGUCGGUGGAGGGGCGCAGUCUGCGGGGCUGGGCGCUGCUGCCGCGGGCUGCUGCUCCUCCUCGUCGGGCGCCGGUUCUGCCGCAUUAUUAGGCGGUGGGUCGAGCAUCGCGGGUCGGUUACCCAGCCGAGUUCUCGAGCAUAUAUUCUCCUAUCUGGAGCUGCCGGAUCUCACGAACUGCUCGCUCGUUUGCUGGCACUGGUACAACUGUCUGGCGGAUGAAAACAGCGAGGUGUGGCGGAGUCUGUGCGCCCGCUUGCUCAGUGAAGAAUCGCUGCGCACUGAUAUCCUCUGCAACCUGGCUUCAUAUAAAGCAAAACUGAAGUCUUUCCAGCAUGCUCUGAGCUCCCAUGACUGCUCUAGGAAUGUAUAUAUCAAGAAAAACGGGUUUACUCUGCACCGUAACCCCAUCGCCCAAAGCACUGAUGGUGCCCGUGGGAAGAUUGGCUUCUCAGAGGGCCGGCACGCCUGGGAGAUCUGGUGGGAAGGUCCUCUUGGCACGGUGGCGGUGAUCGGCAUCGCGACCAAGAGGGCUUCCAUGCAAUGCCAGGGCUAUGUGGCGCUUCUAGGCAGCGAUGACCAGAGCUGGGGAUGGAAUCUAGUAGACAAUAACCUGCUUCACAAUGGAGAGGUCAACGGCAACUUCCCCCAGUGCAACAACGCACCAAAAUACCAGAUCGGGGAGAGAAUACGUGUAAUCCUAGACAUGGAUGAUAAGACACUAGCCUUUGAACGAGAUUUUGAGUUCCUUGGAGUGGCGUUCCGAGGGCUGCCCAAAACAUGCCUGUUUCCAGCUGUGUCAGCCGUCUAUGGGAACACUGAAGUGACUAUGGUGUAUCUGGGAAGACCCCUGGAUGGAUAAGUAUUAGAACUAUUAGAAUCGGAAAGCAUCACGACAACUGCUGUUUGACAUACAUAAGACUCUUGGCUUUUCACAUCUUGAGUAAAAAAAAUGGGGAAAUAGGUGGUUGGUGGUGGGCUUGUUGAUGAUGAGGAUGUCCAACACACAUCUGCGGAUUUCA